AUGAAUGAGCAAGUGACCUGCUCGAGCUUCGAGACGCCUGAAGGAAUCUACCGACUUGUCAGAGAUUCUCUUGGCAUACUUCCAGUACACACGAGUCAGCAGGAUGCUCUCGCAAGCUCGGCAGCGACGAGCUCGCAAGGAUCAAGCAAGGAGAGCUCGCUGGGGUUCGGCCUCUUCGGCAAUCGAGACAGAGAUAGAGACGCCAGUCAGAACGUAUCACAGGCCAAUCAUGACUCGCUGCACCAGCACACCGGACAGCCGACGACAGGCACAGCUGCGACAAGCAUGUCGCCCGGGCUCAUGCUCACCUCCCUGCCGCCCACGCCUGCCUCGCAAGCGCAGUCAGCUGGAUCUGCAAGUCAGCAAGGCGCAGGGCACCCAGCAGCCGCCAGCUAUGCUGUUCACACCCGUCUGAGCAUCCUCACAAUACGCUUUUCCUCCGCCGGCAAGGAUGAGGCCAAACCCUCCUCGCCGUUACCGAUGACUUCGAGCAGUACGGUUCAGCAGGGAACGUUCAGACGACUAGGUACAGGCAGACGACAGGCCGACAGAGACCUACCACAGUCUCGCAACGGCCUCUCGCCGCUCUCUCAACCUCUGCCUCUGCCUGUGCCAGGGUCUCCCGGCGGGUCAUCGGCCUCGUCAGCGCAUUCGAUUAGCGCUUCAGCUUCGCCAGAGCUUCCUGUCGUGUCAGCUGCCUCGAGGGAUCCGGCAGCCUCACAGGCUGGUCUUUCCCCCUUGAUGACGAGCGUGGCCAGCGAUCACGUUGCGAUCGAUCAUCUAGCAGCGCCGGGUCUGCCUAGACAGUCAUCUCAUUCCUCGAUACCUUCACCCACCGCAAAACGGCGAACCUUUGGCUUUUCGUCUCUGCCGUCGAUCCAGGGAGGCAAUGCAUUCGGAACCUCGGGCCAAAAUUCGGCAACUGCAACAGGUCAGCCGAGCGCAAAGCCUCGCAAUGCUUUCAGAGGCAGUGGAUCAUCCUUCAUUCGCGCAGUCGAGGGUGUGCCGCUCGCCAGCUCAACGAUCAAGAAUCUCGCUACAAGCGAGAUCGCUCGAUCCACUGCUAGAGCGCAUCUCGUUCCCCCUGCAUCAAUACUCGGCUUUUGGAACCGAGACAAGACAGUCCAUUGCGGCGAGCUCAGCGCCUCGCAAUCUCAUGCAUCUCGCCUGUCCUUAGCCAAGCUCACCUUUUCUGCCACUCCGACAUGUAUUUCCGCCAGUAUCUACACAGCCAGCAUAGACCGCAUCGAUGUACUUGUAGGAUUCGCAUCUGGCGAUAUCCUCUGGUUCGAUCUGAUAUGCGGCAGAUAUACUCGGCUCAACAAGCUCGGCUGUCUGAUUCCUUCGCCCGUCACUGCCUUGACUUGGUCGCCUACCUCGGACCUCGUUUUCUAUUCUGCGCAUGCGGAUGGCAACGUUCUUGUCUGGGACCGCGAGAAAGAUGAUCCUCCAGGCAGCUCUGCCGGAGGCGCUGCUGGGAUCCUGACCGGUCUGGCUAGCGCUCCCUCAACCGCUGGGAAUUACGGCCCUAAUCUUAAUGCUCCCGUGCCUACGACUGGCCUACAGGAAAUGGCCCAGGCCAUUUCGCCCAUCAGCUGGGUAAGGACAACCAGCGCACCCAGUGCGCGACCCCGGCAACAGACACCGACAGAUCCAGCCUCACCUCGUUCAGCUUCGCAAGGCUCAGGUAUCGCCGCUCAACUCGCAUUGGAGGUUCCCCUUGCAGAUGAUCUCAUUGUCUCCCGACCGCCGACAAAGACGCGCAUCAAUCCAAUCAGCCACUGGAAGGUCUCUCGUAAGGGUUUGACAGAUCUUGCAUUCUCACCGGAUACAAGUCAUCUUGCGAUCACAAGCGAAGACGGCGCGCUGCGCAUUGUCGAUGCUGACUCAGAGCGCUUGAUUGAGACAUAUGUCUCUUACUUUGGGGCAUAUCUCUGCGCGACCUGGUCGCCUAACGGCCGCUAUCUGCUCACAGGCAGUCAGGAUGAUCUCGUAACUAUCUAUGCGCCAUUCGAUCUGCGAGCGAGCGGUCUCGUCGCGCGGUGUCAAGGUCAUGGCAGCUUUGUCACUGGCGCUGCGUUUGACCCUUGGCGAUCUGACGAUCGGACAAGCAGAGUCGCCUCGGUCGGCGAAGACAACAAUCUCAUCAUGUGGGACUUCUCGACUGCGGCGCUGCAAAGACCGAGGGCAGCUCAGUAUCGAAUGUCAGCUGCCGAGUCCUCACUGUCCUUGGUGCGUCGAAGGACGCUCGAAUCAAACGCAAACCUGGCGAGUGAUCUCGGGCCUGCACUUUGGCACUCUGCACCCCGCAUGAAUGAAGUCGCAAUUCUGCAGCCCGUCUCUUCGGUGUCGAUCAGUACUGACCUACUGUCGUCCGUCUUUUUCACGCCGGAAUCAGUCAUAUGUGCCGCCAAGGGUGGUCAGAUCCUAAUCUACGAUCGUCCGUGA